ACAUCAAUGGCGCAUCAUUGUAUUUCAGGUCCAGCUGGGAAACUUGCGAUUGGAUUGGAGGUCAGCUGCGACGCUGACAGAUAUUACAAAAUUUAUAAGUAUGCAGAAGAUGCACAAAAGGCAGUUCCUCAGCAUUACGCCAGUACCAAAGUUAUCGAUGGAGAUGCAAACUGUCCUGGUUGUAUCAAGGAAUGGAACUUCAUUCACGACGCUAAGACGAUUAACACAGUGUCGGAAACAACACAUAAUGAUGAAACAAGAACGUUACAUCACAGUAUAUUUGAAGGAGACUUGAUGAAGGAUUACAAGAAGUUUGAUUUGAUAAUUGAAGUCAAUCCAAAGCCUAUUGGAAAAGGAUGCGUUGUCACAUGGACUAUUGAGUAUGAGAAGAUGAACAAGGAUUCUCCAGCUCCCUUUGCUUAUCUACCUUUCUGCAAUCAGGUCAUUAUAGAUAUGAACAAAUACCUAUGCGAUUCUGUAUAAGUGGUAAAUGCUAUCUAUACAUGAACCCCGUUGGCUGAUGAUUGUGUGUGUUAUAUACGUUUUCAGUGUCAGUGACUCAGUGUUCUGCCAUUAUGUGUGUGUGGUUUGAUUAGU